AGGUUCAAGUCCCCUCUCAGGGCCACUAGUCCAUCCAUCAAAUGGCCUCCAAACAGGCGCUUAUGGUAGAGGAAGGCAAGUCACCGACUAACCAAGCUGUUUUUGAGAAGAAUGCUGAAAAAGUUGUAUUUGAACUUGAGCCGAAAACAAUUGGCUUAACAAAAGAGCAACUGGAAAAAUAUCGAAAUGAUCCAUUCUGGAGACCGCUUAGGACCAUUCUGUUCGUGCUUUUCUGGGUAGCAUGGAUUGCGAUGUUCGCCGGAGCCAUUCUUAUCGUUGUUUUGUCGCCGAAAUGUGCCGUGAAACAAAAACCCGAGUGGUGGCAAACGAAGGUCUCAUAUCAGGUCCUCACCCCAACUUUCCAUGACACAGACAACGAUGGCGUUGGCGAUUUCAAAGGAAUCACCGAGAAGCUCGAUUUACUGAAGAAGAUCGGUGUGACCACUGUUUACCCCACACCGGUAAUUGAGAUCCAAAAGGAUGAAUAUUUCAACCCUUACGAUGUGACCGACCAUCUUCAAGUGGACAAGCGCUUCGGUAGCGAAGCAGAUUUCAAAGAACUCGUCGAUGCCGCUCACAAUAGAGAUAUGCAUGUUGUCAUGGAUUUGCCAAUAACAUCGGUAUCUGUCCAACAUCCAUGGUUUCGUGAUGGCGAAACUGACAAUUUUGUCACGGCAAAGCAAGGCUCUGCUGCUUUCGAUCAAGAGAAUUAUCACCAGUUCCCUGCUGAUAACACCACAAAAUAUCUGGGCUAUCCUACAGCUGCAAAUCCGGUGCUGAAUUGGUCGAAUGCGAAAGUAAAGGAUACGAUCGUAGAGGCUAUCAAGAAAUAUUUGCAGAUUGGGGUGGAUGGUUUCCAUAUAGAUCACAUCAGCCAGCUAGCACUCGAUGAGAAUGGAAAUCCUAGUCACGACAACGCUUUGGCUGCUCUCAAAGAUUUGACCUCUACGAUCAAAGAGUUCAUCGAAAGCAAAGACAACCUCAAAGAGAAGAAAAUAGUACUCUCCUCUUCGCAUCGUGAUAUUGGAGAAAUUCAUGCAAAAGCUAGGGAAACUGGAGAUUUACACUAUGUCGUAGAUGAUUCGUUUGCCAGACUUUCGUCGGAAAAAUGCACAGAAGGAGUAGCUGCCUGUGCUCAUAGUGCUUUAUCAGCAUCGGAUGCAAGACAUCAGGCUGACUCGUUGAUACCAUACUGGCAAUUUUCAAAUGCUGACAACAGCCGACUUGCUUCUCGCUUCGACUCCGACACUGCUAAUCUUUUGAAUUUCAUGCAGCUUACCCUACCCGGAGCACUGUCGCUUUAUUAUGGUCAAGAACUGGGGCUUAAAGAUGUGGGUACACCUCCAAGCCCUCGAGGAAUCAUGCAAUGGACUCCAGCUGGCAAAGAUCACCAUGGCUUCCUUUCUUCCACAGAGGCUAACAUUGGAAAAUUAUUCUUUGCCGAGAGCGAGGACCUAAAAGACGAAGAUAAUUUCGAGACGCAAUACGCUCAAGAAAAUUCAGCUUUGAAAUUGUACCAGAAGCUUGCAAAAAUGCGACAGCGUGAUGAUGCGCUGAUUCUUGGUGGUACGGUAAAAGAUGAAGUAGUUGAUGAUACAAUCGUCUACUCGCGCUAUGUAAAAUCUGGCAAUGGAACCGCAUCUGGAAAUGCCUAUAUCGUAGCCCUAAACUUUGGCUCGAACGAAUCGGCGCUAGACUUCAAUCGCUUCACAAGCACCGAGGUUAUUCCCACUAACAAGAAUUUAGCCAAUGCAGAAGUAGCUGCUGUCACUCCCGGUGUGGAACAGUACCAUGCACGUCAGAAGUUGGAUCUAUCAACAGAAAAAAUGACACUGCCUCCUAAACAAGGCGCUUUGAUUAGAAUAUGA